AUGGACACAAAUCUUGUGGUCAUUGAGAGUCCACUUCCGAGUGAAUCGUUUGCCACAAUUGGGUUCAAAGCAAACAAACGGGCGGUCAUUGCGUUCACUGUCGUCGCCAUCGGAUGUCUUAUCGGUGACAAUGGGUUGCGAGUCGUGAGUGUCGUCCCUCUCAUCCCUUUCCUCCACUUCUGUGUCCGUCUUUGCGAUGCGGCCGACAUAGUGAUGGUGUUCAUCACAAUCAACGGCCAGAAGGAACGGGUGGACAACUUCUGCGGCAACGAUCUGCCGCCGCAGCUCAUGUCAAACGGGCCGUCCCUGAGCGCCGAAUUCAAAAGCAUGCACUCGACUGACUAUGUCAAGGGGUUUCGGGCCAUAUAUCGAUUUGUCACGAUCCUAUUCCUCUGCCACCACCACCACUACCACUACUACUCCUUCACACACACAAUGGCUGUACUACUUAUCAGGGACUCAGAAGUGACAUUAGUGAACAUGAGUUUAGGACUUAAUCUUUACGCUCCGACGGCACCUACAGUCGGGUCAACGCCGAUAUACAGUUGUCUGUCUCUUUAUAUAUCGAUGACUCUCGUCGAUGCCUUCUCUCUAUCAUUAGUGACACGGAAAAUGAUUGUACAUAUAGUGGUGGCCCUUGUGCUCAUCAGUCGGUGCUCUUUCCUAUCACUAUCGCCAAACUUAUAUAAUAGACAACUGUUAUCAGGCAAAUGCCAAAUGCCCUGCACUCACAUCUGA